CUAGCCGCCGCCGCCACCGGCUAUAAAACGAAUUCUUCCUGCACCUGCGAUUGGCACCCAAGCCAAGCGCGUCUCGCCCAGACCAGCAGAACUGGGAUUCUUCUCCCCAUUUUCCUUCGAUGAUGAGAAACAACAUGCACUACCAUCUGAUCUCACCUGGGAUUCUUCUCCCCAUUUUCCUCCGCUCUUUUGUUGCUUUGUCUUUCUGUUUCGAGGCGGUUCUCCGGGGGAUUGAAAUGAGGAUAAACCAAUCCAUAACCAAAUCUCUGCAUCUACAGAUGAUGAGAAACAACAUGCACUACCAUCUGAUCUCACCCCUUCCGCCUCCUUCUCUGUUUUCUUGAUUUCCUUUUGUUUCUUUUCUCAAGUUUUUCGAUUGGUUGCAAUCGGUGAUGUAAUCGUUUAAUUAUGCUGAGUUCCUCUGUGAUUAUCUCAACAACAAUCACCAUCUUUCGACUGAGAUUGUAUCUAUUUUCUUGUCCUCCGAUCUAGUUUUGGAAAAUCCCCAUCUUUCUUUGAUUUGCUUACCUAGGAUCUGUGAUUUGAUUGUUACGGUAGGACGAAUGCCAUGAGGUAUCUGAUGCUUGGUCUCUUUCAAUGGCCUUGUUUCUCGUUAGAUUGGCAGAGAGCGAGAAGGAAACGGGUUUUUGCGACACUGGCUGCUCCCGUACCAGGAGCUUCCUGUUACUAUACCCCCGUUUACAUUCACUCAUUUUUGUAAAUUGUUUGUGCUUUGUUCUCGGUGAUGAUCAACACUGAUUAGAUGUCCGAUACAAUCCAUUCCUUAAGCCAUGGGGACAAUACGAGGCAUUUGUCUGAGAGAACGUCCCUUGUUCAUCGCUUUUUUUUCUUUCAAGCUGCUCUGUUUUUGCAUCUUCCCCUGUUUUCCGUAGCUCUUGGUUCUCUGUGAUGAUGAAAACAGAUGACGAGUCUGACGUAAUCCAUUCUAUUAAACCGUGUGGACAAUCGAGGCAUUUGUCUGAGGGAACAUUUGCUUAGUCAGAUCCUUUGCUUGCGUUUCUCUUUCACUAUUUUGGUAAGAUUUGUGUUGCUGGCAUGAUGAGGAAUACAAUUGUUGUCCGAUCUAUUUGAUGAUAAAAUCCUCCUACUCAUUCUGAAUGUCAAGUUGCCGCAAAUAUGGUUUUCUUUUGUUUCACCGGUGCUGAUGAUUUUCUGCUAACAAUGUUUUGUGUGAGAUCUGGACCAAGCAAGAUCUGUUUCAUGCCAAAAACCUAACAUGGUCGUAUUUUUAAUAAUGAAAUAAAAUGUUCUGGCUUCACCCGAGGAUGAAGGUAGUAGAACAAAAGAGGAGCCGCAUCUUUUCCUGGAAGUAAAAUUUGCAGUUACUGAUCCAGCAGAACGACGUAAUUAGAAGGGGAAUGAAACCAAAACGCGGUUCUGAGUACCUUUCGCCCAGAACGUGUAAUGGAGCAAAAGGGAACAUCACUGGCCAGAUUGUAAGAGCAUCCCUAGUGGCUUGUCUAAAUUUGAUAGUCUAUAUCUACAUAUACACAAUGGUGUAAAAAGAUUUUCUUUUAGACAACCUAAGUUUUCCAGCGGAUUGUCUAUAUACAUGAUGUCUAUUCUCUUUCAUAUAUUUUAAUAGUAUCUUAUAGCAGCUAUAUUUUCUAAAAAUCUUAUGUUGGUCAUUUCUGAGUUCUCAUUUAUUUUUUUCAUCCGCAAGACAUAUAAAGGAGAAAAUAAACCAGCCAUGAAAUUAUUUUAGGUUCAACACUAGGAACACCCUAUAUAAUUUACGAGAAAUAAACAAUAGCAACAGGUUCAACCCUGAUGAGGCGGUCGUCCAGACGCAACGACCUCUGUGUCCAGCGCCGGCGCAGCCGCCUCCCUGCCGAUGUCCUCCAAUUGCUCUGUAUUGGUGAAUGGCUGAGCUCAUGAGCCAAUAUUUUUGGUUUAGACAUUAUGGCUUGGUUGUUCAAAUGUGGACGACGGGUAGCUAGUUUGAACAUUGUCUAAAUUUUAGACGACGCAAUAGACAAGCCACUGAAGAUGUUUCCUGGUAUGUGAUAGUCUAAAUUUGGUAUAGACCACCAUUUGCACAAGUCACUCGAGAUGCUCUAAAGACAUCAGUAGCCAGAUUUCCUCAGCAUCAAUUCCAUGAAUUAAGACAGCUUUCCCCCAAGGGGUUAAUUAUGUGGUUUGCCCAGUAGUCCCGAACAUGUGUUAAUGUUUUUACAAUUCUCCGUAGGGCAGCAACAGUGAACCUUAAACCUUGUCCGUGUAAACUUCAAAUUGGAUUUCAACAAACUGGACAAUUUUCAUGCGACCGUGCGCGCCCCGGUCUGGGACCGCCUCGUCUUCCCGGACGAGCAUCCCCACACCCACAUGAAUUGCCUUCUCCUGUGCGAUCCGGCUAGGCGGCCGCGCGAGAGCCACAGGGUGAUCGUGGCCACCUUGGUGCUGGAGAUCGAGGAGCACAUUCUGCGCCAGCAUGCCGUCACCCUCACCGUUGCCGACCGCUCGCACUCCACCACCCCAGCGGCGGUCGGCAGGGUGAUCUUUGAGCAGCUCUCCACCAGCCCGCACCAGUUGCGCGUCAUGGCGCACCAGCCCGAAGCCUUUCCCGUCCACUUCGACCUUCUCGCUCAUUGGGACAAUGCCGUGCGGCGUGCAGGUUGACGGCUGCAAGUACUUCAUCAGGGCGUGGGACGAAGACGACCACGCCGUAAUCCUCAAGUUCAACCACCAUGUGCGCGUGGUGAUUGAAGACCUGCUCAUGCAGUUUUGGUCUCUGCCGGGCGCCGAGGAGGCCCUCGGAGACAUCGGCCGCGUCGAUUGGCUGGACUCGCGCACUUUGGAGAGGGGCCAUACCAAGACCUUUGCGUGCUGGCUCUGGGUCUGGGAUGUAGCCCACAUCCCGACCAGGCGCGCCCUCUGGGUGAUGAAGCGCGACAUCGGCCGCUCUGAUGAGAUCGUUGGCAUCGCCCUCGAUGACCGCCGCGUCCCUCCGCUGCCUAGUGCCCGCCGCUACGACAUGCUGAUCCACGUCGACCUGCUCGAGGACUAGUCGCCCCUCUCGCCGUGCUCCUCCCACUCGGGGCAGAGCGUCCUGCCCUCCUCGAAGGACAGCAACGACCACCCUCUCCCUCGCAUCGAGUCGGGCACUUGGGUCACCCGCGUGGAGGACACACUGGGCAGGGCGCGCAGCUUUGCGCCGCGUGUCGGCCCGGUAGGCUGCGGCCCGGUCCUGGGCGGCGCUGGUCGCGACUGUGAAGGCGAUGGUGCCAGCGGUGGCCUGAGCCGGUCCUGGAGGGACCGUCUGCUCGGGCACGAUUGUCAUGCCAGGGGCAGUGGCGAGGACGUCGUCAACAGCGUGCAUCGCCAGCGCAGCCGCACCCCGGUCGGAAGGCGUCGCUCAGUUGGUCGUCUGGAGGAAGGGAAGAACUCCAGCACCAAUGUUCUGCGCGCCACCUUCCCUCAGCCCCUUAGCCCGGUGCAGGCCGUGCCGGUGGAGGACCCGGUGGCCCAGUUCUUCUCCUUCUCUGACUCGGGGCGCGCCCUCUCGCCGGCUAGGGUUCUUGAGCUCCAAUCAGGACUUCACUUCUGGAUCACUAUGGUCUAUGGACCAACAGAUGACGCACAAAAAGA